ACGUUUGUGGAGCUUUCCACCAAAUUGAUCGAGGAAUUGUCUGAAUCUUCCAGAGCUUCAUGUUUCGACAAGGAUCUUCAGAUUCAACGGAAUCCAACCGAAUUAACAAUAGUGAUGCACAACAAUCGAAUUAGUUUGGCCGAAGUGAUUAAAUUUUGCCCUCGUCGUUUGGACGAUAACAGACUCGUUCUGUUCUUGCUAUUUCAGAUUACUGAUGCUGUUUUACAGCUACAUCAAGCUGGUUUGCCUCAUUUCGGAUUGACACUUGGCAAUGUGUUUGUGGAUCACACUCACUCAUGCGUCUUGGGGGUCCCUGAUUUCACAAGUCUUCAUCAGUCGGGUUUCUAUUCGAAGACGGUCAAGAAAAAAAUGCAACAGUCGCAAAAAUAUUCAGAGAAUUCAAACUGUCCAGAGUUAGCAAACAUGACUUUAAAAUGGGUUUUACGUCAGUGUAGCAACUAUGAUUACUUAAUGUACUUGAACCAACUGGCUGGCCGAACCAAAGGUGACCCGAUCAACAGUGCUAUUCUACCGUGGGUCACGGACUUCACUCAGCCUCAUGCCGGUUUACGAGAUUUGACCAAAUCAAAGUAUCAUUUGACCAAAGGUGAGGCUCAGUUAGAUGCGAACUACCAGGCGUUUGUGCACGAGCAUUCACGCGUUACCAACGCGUUGCACGGUAUCAAGCCUAUGGGUCUCCCAAUCAACCGAACAUUGAACUACGAAGAUCAUGUGAAUGAAUUAAUGAAAGAUCUUGUGAAUGUCUCUCCCGACCGUAUCACUGUUGAUGAGGAACUGAGAGCAAGACAAUGUACUAAAAAAGCACAUUUGGUCGGGCGGGGAGUGGCCGGACGUUUUCCUGACACUUUUCAACCGCAUCAUCUGUUGGAUGUAAUGCCCAAUCUUGCUUAUUACACAUACAUGGCCCGCCGUACACCCAAGGAGGUUCUCACUCGUUACGUGCGACCCGUCUAUCAACCAAACGAGUUUCCACCAAACAUGGCUCGCCUGUAUGAGUUAACUCCCGAGGAAUGUAUUCCGGAAUUUUUUACUGAUCCUUCCGUGUUCACCUCUAUUCAUGCGGACAUGCCAGAUCUGAGUCUGCCGGGAUGGUGUGAUACGCCCGAGCAGUUUGUCGCAUAUCAUCUAUCUGUUCUGGAAAGUGAUGCUGUCUCCUCCAUGCUUCAUAACUGGAUCGAUUUGACCUUUGGAUAUAAAUUGAUUGGUGAGGCUGCGAUACAAGCCAAAAAUGUGCAUCUGGAAUUGGCUGGCACGCCGCACAUUCUCAGGCGAACAGGGAUUACAUGUUUAUUUCGCACUCCUCAUCCAUCUCGCUGGGUGCCCUCGUUGUGCUCCGGACGUUAUUUUGGACCAUGUUUUCCCGAAUUGGGUUCUCGACUAUCGGCCUCCGUGCAACCGACACCCGUCACAACAGAGGAAGCCAAUUGCACCCGGACUGUCCAUAAUUCUUCGCAUUCCUCCAAACCAAAUAAUCCAGACCGUGAUCCAUCCAAGCAGAAGGUUUCCCUCGAAAUCGAAUCAUCGAAUAGUUCGGUCUCACUCAAUCUUCCCUCAGACUAUGAUCCACUGGCUCUCAUACGCACUUAUGACGGUUUGUGCCGUUUUCUGGCCACCGAAACUCGUCACCCAGAUGGUUUUGAUCUACCACCGAUGCCUGUCUUGACUCCGGACUGUGUUCACUUGAGCGAGUUGUUUGCGCACGAUGUAGAGUCCAUCGCUUGUCUGGUGGUUGAAUUGUUCACGCAUUCGGUAAUCAACUACACCGAGGCGGAUCGCUGGACUCAUGCAUAUCGUGUCUCCCAUGCUUAUCGUACAUUCCAAUUGCACCGUGAUCUUGUGCCUCGGUGUUUGCAUCGCGGUCUGGAUUAUAUACUGAAUUGUGAUUCUAAUUCCGUCAAAGCAGUGUCUGCGUUUCGUCCAUCCGCAGAACAUUUACUUCACCUCCUAUUCGAAUUUCCCCCUUAUUUUUACGAUCUACGUGAUUCUGCUCUGUGGGUAAGGGAUCAAUUUCAUAUUUUCGAUUAG